UGUGACGUAAAGCAUUCCCCGCCCUCUUCAGUGUGGCGAGUGUGUAGAGCAGAAGACGUGCGUUCCCUGUGUUAGAGAAGAGAACGGAGCGGAGAAAAGGAGCGAGCGGGCAGCUUUUACACAGGAACGAUACCUCCUUGUAGCUCUGUGUGAGUUAUGAACAGGAACUGAAGUUACUUGAUUUGCCAGCUAAGAGAAGAACCCAUGAUUCCUAUAUGCCCUGUAGUUUCAUUCACCUAUGUGCCCAGCCGGCUUGGUGAAGAGGCCAAAAUGGCUACUGGCAACUACUUUGGCUUUACUCAUGGCGGGGCCGCUCAGUACAGCCAGCAACCAGCAUCAGGCGUAGCCUAUUCCCAUCCAACCACUGUGGGUAGCUAUACUGUGCAUCAGGCUCCAGUGGCAGCUCACACUGUGACAGCAGCCUACGCUCCAGCAGCGGCCACUGUUGCCGUAGCUCGUCCCGCUCCUGUCGCUGUGGCAGCUGCUGCAAAUGCGGCAGCUUAUGGCGGCUACCCGACAGCUCAUACAGCGACCGAUUACGGCUACACUCAACGGCAGCAGGAAGCUCCUCCGCCGCCACCUCCGGUCACAACCCAGAAUUACCAGGAUUCAUACUCCUACGUCAGGUCCACAGCUCCUGCUGUAACAUAUGACAACAAGACUUACUACCAGCAGCCAACCGCAACUGCAGCUGCUGUAGCAGCUGCACAACCUCAGCAAUCUGUGGCUGAAUCCUACUAUCAGACAGUUGCUCCCAAGGUUGGCUACAGCCAGGGUGCUGCUCAGUACACUCAAGCUCAACAGACUCGGCAAGUGACGGCCAUCAAGCCUGCCAACCCCAAUCCAGCAACAACCACCUUCUCCAUAUACCCAGUGUCCUCCACUGUGCAACCUGUUGGUGCCGGUGCCACUGUGGUUCCUUCGUACACACAGGGCGCGACCUACAGCACAACUGCUGUUACUUACUCUGGUGCGGCAUACUCGGGUUAUGAAGCAGCGGUGUACUCUGCCGCCUCUUCCUAUUAUCAACAGCAGCAGCAGCAACAGCAAAAACAGGCGGCAGCUGCUGCGGCGGUAGCUGCCACUGCCGCCUGGUCUGGCUCCAACUUUACGAAGAAAACUACUUUUCAGAAUAAACAACUAAAGCCUAAGCAGCCUCCCAAACCACCUCAGAUCCAUUACUGUGAUGUCUGCAAGAUUAGCUGUGCUGGACCUCAGACUUACAAGGAGCAUUUAGAAGGCCAAAAGCACAAGAAAAAAGAAGCAGCCUUAAAAGCCUCUCAAAACACAACCAGCAGCAGCACAGCAAUCCGCGGGACCCAGAACCAGCUCCGCUGCGAGCUCUGCGACGUGUCUUGCACAGGGGCAGAUGCCUACGCUGCCCACAUCAGGGGUGCUAAACACCAAAAGGUUGUGAAGUUGCACACCAAGCUUGGCAAACCCAUUCCGUCAACGGAACCAAAUGUCGUGAACCAGUCUGUCACUUCCGCAGCUGUCUCCAAGCCAGCUGUCUCGUCGAACAGUACGUCCAGCUCUAACGGCAGCUCCUCUGUCACACCUGCUUCAAAGCUGCCCACGUCUACGUCCGGCUCAUCUGUCGGCACUAUGAGCGCAAGCAAAAUGUCUACCAUCUCAUCUAACAACAUCGUGAAGAAAAUAACCACACCAAAAAUAACUUUUGUAGGUGGUAACAAAUUGCAGUCCACGGGACUUAAGAUUGACGACAGCAAAAUGAGUGACAGUGUGAAGAUAACUCCUAGUUCCAGUGUGCAGUCACCAGAAACAAAGAUGGAUGCCAUGUCCGAAGCUGCUCAGACCCUCGCUGCUCUUCAGAGUGAUGUCCAGCCUGUGGGUCAUGAUUAUGUUGAAGAGGUACGAAAUGAUGAAGGAAAAGUUAUCCGAUUCCACUGUAAGCUGUGCGAGUGCAGCUUCAAUGAUCCAAAUGCAAAAGAAAUGCACCUUAAAGGGAGGAGGCAUCGGCUGCAGUACAAGAAAAAAGUAAACCCAGAUUUGCAGGUGGAAGUGAAGCCGAGCAUUCGAGCCAGAAAGAUCCAAGAGGAGAAGAUGCGUAAACAGAUGCAGAAGGAAGAGUACUGGAGACGGCGAGAAGAGGAAGAGCGGUGGAGGAUGGAGAUGAGGCGCUACGAGGAAGACAUGUACUGGAGGAGAAUGGAAGAGGAGCAACAUCAUUGGGAUGACCGACGGAGAGGGCCGGAUGGAGGAUAUCACCAUGGUCCUCCAGGACCACCUGGAUUAUUGGGAGUGAGACCAGGGAUGCCACCACAACCACAAGGACCAUCUCCUCUCCGACGACCUGAUUCCUCUGAUGACCGAUACGUUAUGACCAAACAUGCCACCAUCUACCCAACAGAGGAGGAAUUGCAGGCUGUCCAGAAAAUCGUGUCUCUGACUGAACGAGCGCUGAAACUUGUCUCUGACUCCAUGGCUGACCAAGACAAGACUAAGGGGAAAGAGACGGAAGAGAAGAAGGAUCUCAGUAAAGAGAGAGCACUGAAAGGAGUCCUGCGUGUUGGUGUACUGGCUAAAGGAUUGCUUUUACGCGGUGAUAGAAAUGUCAGCCUGGUUUUACUCUGUGCCGAUAAACCAACCAGGGCUUUGCUGACUCGCAUAGCCGAAAAUCUUCCCAAACAGCUUGCCGUGAUCAGCCCUGAGAAAUACGAGGUGGACUGUUCCAUCACAGAUGCAGCUAUUAUUUUGAAUUCCUGCGUGGAACCUAAAAUGCAAGUCACAAUCACGCUGACCUCUCCGGUCAUGAGAGAAGAAAGCACGAGGGAUGGAGAUGUAACCUCGGGUAUGGUGAAAGACCCACCGGACGUCUUGGACAGGCAAAAAUGCCUUGACGCUCUGGCUGCUCUCCGCCACGCUAAGUGGUUCCAGGCUAGAGCCAAUGGUUUGCAGUCCUGUGUCAUUAUCAUCCGUAUCCUGCGUGACCUGUGCCAGCGUGUGCCAACGUGGUCUGAUUUCCCAAGCUGGGCAAUGGAGCUAUUAGUGGAAAAGGCGAUCAGCAGUGCUUCUAGUCCCCAAAGUCCAGGAGAUGCCUUGAGGAGAGUUUUUGAGUGCAUUUCAUCUGGUAUCAUUCUGAAGGCUGGCCCAGGCUUACUUGACCCUUGUGAAAAGGAUCCUCAUGACACUCUGGCUACAAUGACUGAACAGCAGCGGGAGGAUAUAACCUCCAGUGCACAGUUUGCACUGAGGCUCCUUGCGUUUAGACAGAUUCACAAAGUUCUUGGUAUGGAUCCGCUGUCCCAGAUGAACCAGCGCUUCAACAUUCACAAUAACCGCAAGCGAAGGCGUGACAGCGACGGCGUGGACAGUUUCGAAGCCGAAGGGAAGAAAGACAAGAAAGAUUACGAUAACUUCUAAAUAAGGGCGCAAAGAUGCCGACUCAUGCACAGCUUGUGCUCCGUUUCCCACAAAGAUACAUUUCCACUGACAGAGGUCUUCCAUCGUGUCUAUGGCAGGGUUACAUGUCCUGGCACUACUUGGGUGUCUUGUUGUUACCUUGCUCUGGACUAUGAUGUAGAACCUCUGGGGUUGUUAAUAGAUUAAAAUAUUUGUAUAGCUGUUUAAAAUUUUGAAGCGACUUUCCCCUGGCCAGACGGAAAUAUAUCCUCGGACACAAUUCACUGUUCAGUAAGGGUCAGGCACGUCUUAGACGUGCCAUCCUUGUGUCAUCUGGAUGGGCUUUCUUAGUUAAGUUUUAGGGCAACUGGGAUGCCCACUCACUCCCUGUGCAGUGUCUUUUUAUCUUGUAGUUGUAGUAUUUAAUUUUCAGUUGUGCUUCGGUUUUGUGUUUUUUUUUAAUUUGUAUUAAAAAAAAAAAAACUAUAUAACAAUAAAAGGCAGCAGGGGAAAAGGGACCGCUUCCAUUAGUUGUAAGUUACUUUAUUAGAUAUGGCAUGAGCCUUCACUAAUCCUUCUGAGUUUCUGUAAAUCUAUACACAUGUACGUAUUGUGUGAGGACUAAAACACAUCUUUUUAUUUUUUUUUUCUCGUGUUACAAUUACAGCAAUCGGAAGUAAAAGUUUUUGGAAAUCU